AUGAAUUUGGUCCUGGUCUUUAUUGCACUCCUAAUUUUAAUCUUGCUGUUGAAUAGAGAAUGGGAAGAUACUGUUAAAGGUUGGAUAUGUAUCAUAGACGAUGAUAGUAAACCAGGUCCACCCCAAUUUGAUGAAGAUAUUAUUCAAGGACCUGUUUCUAAAAAUCAUGGGAGUAUCUAUAACUGCAGCAAACCAAUUCAGUCACAAGAUUUACAAGUUGUCGUGACAACAACUAAUGAAAAUCCAGAAGGAAUUGAGUAUGGGGAAAACCAUCUGAUCAUUAUCAACGAAAAGUGUCUUGGAGAGUCCAUACGAGACGCUAUUGAUGAUGUUUGUGAGAUAAUUGAAAGAUGGCAAAAAAGAGUUGCAAAAAGAUAUAAUCAAAAUUUUAAUUGUAAUUAUGAGGAAUUCCAUCACCUUUAUUUUGAUUUGAAAGCGGGAGUUGAAGUACUAGAAAAAGGAAAUAUCAAAUAUUAUGAGCUUCAAACCAUGUCGCUCUACAAACAACAUCGGAAUAAGGUAGCACACAAGGAAAAAUGGAAACCAGAGGAUAAAAAUAAAGGACAACGCAAAGAGGCCACUAAAAAUGCCCUUGAGUGUAUUAAAAUAGCUACAAAAAUUAGAAAUAAUCCAGAGUUGAUCUUUGCGUUUGAAAAGUGUGUCAAGGAUUUAGAUUGUCUCACUAUUGUCUCUCAAUGUAUUACUAUCUAUAGGCGUGAUAAUCCUGGAAUAAUACUAUAUUAG